AUGUCUGAAAGACCAAAAGAUGUCACACUAACACAUGGGGCCACAAACAUUACAGAUGAGGAAACCGACUACACAUCACAGAAGUCUGAAAUACCAAAAGAUGUCACACUAACACAUGGGGCCACAAACAUUACAGAUGAGGAAACCGACUACACAUCACAGAUGUCUGAAAGACCAAAAGAUGUCACACUAACACAUGGGGCCACAAACAUUGCAGAUGAGGAAACCGACUACACAUCACAGAAGUCUGAAAGACCAAAAGAUGUCACACUAACACAUGGGGCCACAAACAUUAGAGAUGAGUCUGAAAGACCAAAAGAUGUCACACUAACACAUGGGGCCACAAACAUUGCAGAUGAGGAAACCGACUACACAUCACAGAAGUCUGAAAGACCAAAAGACGUCACACUAACACAUGGGGCCACAAACAUUACAGAUGAGGAAACCGACUACACACCACAGAAGUCUGAAAGACCAAAGGAUGUUACACUAACACAUGGGGCCACAAACAUUACAGAUGAGGAAACCGACUACACACCACAGAAGUCUGAAAUACCAAAAGAUGUCACACUAACACAUGGGGCCACAAACAUUAGAGAUGAGGAAACAGACUACACAUCACAGAAGUCUGAAAGACCAAAAGAUUCUGAAAGACCAAAAGAUGUCACACUAACACAUGGGGCCACAAACAUUACAGAUGAGGAAACCGACUACACAUCACAGAAGUCUGAAAGACCAAAAGAUGUCACACUAACACAUGGGGCCACAAACAUUACAGAUGAGGAAACCGACUACACAUCACAGAAGUCUGAAAGGCCAAAAGAUGUCACACUAACACAUGGGGCCACAAACAUUAGAGAUGAGGAAACCGACUACACAUCACAGAUGUCUGAAAGACCAAAAGAUGUCACACUAACACAUGGGGCCACAAACAUUACAGAUGAGGAAACCGACUACACAUCACAGAAGUCUGAAAUACCAAAAGAUGUCACACUAACACAUGGGGCCACAAACAUUACAGAUGAGGAACCCGACUACACAUCACAGAUGUCUGAAAGACCAAAAGAUGUCACACUAACACAUGGGGCCACAAACAUUGCAGAUGAGGAAACCGACUACACAUCACAGAAGUCUGAAAGACCAAAAGAUGUCACACUAACACAUGGGGCCACAAACAUUACAGAUGAGGAAACCGACUACACACCACAGAAGUCUGAAAGACCAAAGGAUGUUACACUAACACAUGGGGCCACAAACAUUACAGAUGAGGAAACCGACUACACAUCACAGAUGUCUGAAAGACCAAAAGAUGUCACACUAACACAUGGGGCCACAAACAUUACAGAUGAGGAAACCGACUACACAUCACAGAAGUCUGAAAUACCAAAAGAUGUCACACUAACACAUGGGGCCACAAACAUUACAGAUGAGGAAACCGACUACACAUCACAGAUGUCUGAAAGACCAAAAGAUGUCACACUAACACAUGGGGCCACAAACAUUGCAGAUGAGGAAACCGACUACACAUCACAGAAGUCUGAAAGACCAAAAGAUGUCACACUAACACAUGGGGCCACAAACAUUACAGAUGAGGAAACCGACUACACACCACAGAAGUCUGAAAGACCAAAGGAUGUCACACUAACACAUGGGGCCACAAACAUUGCAGAUGAGGAAACCGACUACACAUCACAGAAGUCUGAAAUACCAAAAGAUGUCACACUAACACAUGGGGCCACAAACAUUACAGAUGAGGAAACCGACUACACAUCACAGAUGUCUGAAAGACCAAAAGAUGUCACACUAACACAUGGGGCCACAAACAUUACAGAUGAGGAAACCGACUACACACCACAGAAGUCUGAAAGGCCAAAAGAUGUCACACUAACACAUGGGGCCACAAACAUUGCAGAUGAGGAAACCGACUACACAUCACAGAAGUCUGAAAUACCAAAAGAUGUCACACUAACACAUGGGGCCACAAACAUUAGAGAUGAGGAAACCGACUACACAUCACAAAUGUCUGAAAGACCAAAAGAUGUCACACUAACACAUGGGGCCACAAACAUUGCAGAUGAGGAAACCGACUACACAUCACAGAAGUCUGAAAGACCAAAAGAUGUCACACUAACACAUGGGGCCACAAACAUUACAGAUGAGGAAACCGACUACACACCACAGAAGUCUGAAAGACCAAAGGAUGUUACAGUAACACAUGGGGCCACAAACAUUACAGAUGAGGAAACCGACUACACAUCACAGAAGUCUGAAAGGCCAAAAGAUGUCACACUAACACAUGGGGCCACAAACAUUACGGAUGAGGAAACCGACUACACAUCACAGAAGUCUGAAAUACCAAAACGUCAUCCGCGCUACCAAACGCCCGAAGGGCUGCAAGACUUAGACACCGGUGAAGCCGUGGAGGUGCAGUCGCAGGCGCCACCCAGCUCAACACUGCGGCCUAGCCUCGCUGGCUGCGGCGGCGCCCUGCUAGCGCCAAGCGUCCUUCAGAAAACUUACGACACGCAAGUCCAGCAUGUUGGAAGUGCCCUGUACCGAAGGCAGCUAGUGAAGAAAGUGAACGAUCACAUUCCGCUCGCAUUCCCGCCCCUUAAUCCUCCCCUGCCGCCGCCCCUUAGCCCAUUCGCGUCCUCCAGCGCGCGCUGUUCCAGCGGCAGGCGGCCGGGCAGUGGGAUUAAUGCUGCCAUAAAUCGGGCGCGAUCUAAUCCUCUUCACAGGUCCGCCCGCGUCGCUGGAACACUGCUGGACCGCACCGGAGCGCACCUGGUGCCGGCGGCCGCCCCUUCUGCCGCCGUUGCCGCCCCCGCACGUCGGCAGAUGGUCAUCGCUAUCGAUUUAACAAUUAUAACAUUCCAUUAG